CGGAAAUCGACGUCAUUUGAAGGCGGUGCUACGCGUGUUACAAGACCUACACAUUUUAUUUCCUUAAUCUGUUUCGCCCCAUUUUUUUAUUGCAAAUGUCCAGCAUUUAGAUUUAAUAUAUUUUUGAAAAUAACAAGUUGUAUUUGUCUGAAAGAGGAACGCGACGUAUUAAGAUGGGGUAUAUGGUCGUGGAGAAACACACAUCUGAUCUUCUCCAUCUGAAGAGGUCUCCUGGGAUCAGAUCAUGGUCUCUCCUUGUUGGAAUUGCUUCAGUUGGACUAGCAGCAGCCUAUUACAGUGCUGACAGCGUGUUAUGGAAGAUGUUCUACGUGGCUGGCUGUUUUUUUGUAGCCUUACAGAAUAUGGAGGAAUGGGAGGAGGCAGUAUUUGACAAAUCUAAGAGUGAGAUCGAAUUAAAGACGUUUAGUCUCUAUACCGUGAUACUGACUAUGUGGAAAAGAGGACAUGAGAAAGUGGUGUUAGAUCUGCGGCACCUGCGGGACGUGAGUGUUCAGGAGGAGAGGGUGAGGUAUUUGGGGAAGGGUUACCUGUUGGUGAUGCGUCUAGCGACAGGCUUCUCUCACCCUCUUACACAGAGUGCCACGCUGGGCUCCAGGAGUGAUGUGGAGGCACUUGCUGCACUUCUGAAGCGCUUCUUGGGUCUUGAAGAGUUACAGCGACGUUUGGCAGAAGAAGAGUUUCCUGAUGAUGACGACACUGAAGAUCUGGGAUUGGGCGAUAGCAGUGAUUCAAAAGAUGAAGAUGAACUUUAAAAAGCUCAGGUGGAAGACACUGUGUCAAGCCUUACAUGAAACAACCAAACAUUCCAGUCUUCCGAACAUCAUGAUGACAAUCCCAAAGCAUGAAUUGUUAUUGUGGCGUUGCGUCUUCAAAGAGGCAUUACCAGAUGACAUUCAGCACUUCUGCAGGAUUUCUCUGUAUACUUUACUGCAUGCAUAACUAAAUUCGACAGUUGUGAAAUAACUGCAUGAAGAAUUUAUUUUCUUUGGUCAAAGAUCAGGUGGUCAUGUGCUCUGAUUUUCCAUGCAUGCCUACUCAGAUCACACUGUGCCUUUAUACGCUGUUUGAAUGUUUUUUUGUAAAUGUGUAAAUAUUAUUUUUGAUUCUAAAUCUUUUUUUUAAGCUUCUCAAGCAAGAAGAAUAAAUAUUAAACACAUGGCAGCUGCUUAGAAAUCAGGGGUAUGGUUUUUACAAUUGAUGUGGCCACUUGUUUAUUAGAUAAGGAGUAUACUUUGUUACACAUUACACUUUUGUUUAGAAUAAAAUCAUUUGAUAACAUUGG